AUUCAGACGCGAUCUAUCAGUGACGCCAUUCAGACGCAAUCGGAAGUUUCAUCCAUAGAAAAUGAAGACUUUGUCAUGAAUGGUAAUGAUCACGAGUGGGAUCAGUCAUCACCAGCAAAUAAAAAAGGGGGUAUUCUGGCAUGUGAUCACGUCAUGAGGAAGCUACCUAGCCAUCCAUCGCUGUUGAUAUCGUCUGAAGAGGAAGUUUUCACAAACACUGCGCAGACGCCUUCUGGAGGCAGAGAAUCUACUUUCAAAAGCCCUUCAUGACAAAACAGUCUUGUCGAAAUUCGGUGAAUAAAAACAACAGUUUCCCCUGUGACUCUCGACAUACGACAUAAUAAUUUAUAUGCGAUUUUACGCCAGAUCCGAAUCUUAGGACGAUCUGCUCUCCCGGUUCACCAAUUUUCGACAAAGACCUCUCAUCUGUUCAUUAUUUUGCUUGACCAUGAAAGCGGGUCUAUCCGAUGUCUUCUUGCGACCCAUAGCUAGCUGCUCACGUGAUCCCAGUGAUUGCAAUUGAUUUCGACGGCCGGCCAUCAAGGAGAAACCUCAGAUCAGAUUCUCCAUAGAUCAUGCAGCUUGUCUUUUAGGUGUACCCUUGAUUGAAGAUCCAGAAUGACAGGCGGACGGGCAUUUAUGCUAUUAUGCAUCUUGAUGGUUAUGAGAGUCAGAGAAAGCCUGAGUGUCUCGCAAUUUCUGAGUGAUUUCGGGCUGUGCAUCGUCGACAAAGACCUGAACUCUACCUUUCCUACAGGAAUGGCUAUGUUUAGGACUGGUGUCCCGCCUCAUCAAGACUUGAUCUUCACAACCGAUCCCGUGUUCGAGAGGGGUACGUCAGCAAGCUACAAUGCAGCCCUCGGUGAGAUCGAGGUCAAUGACGACGGCACUUACGUGUUCAUUAUCCAUCGGGCUGGGCUGGCAACCACGGUCUCAUCUCUCCCACUUCUCUUGGAAGUUAAGAAUGGAACCGACGACUAUGUUACGGUUGCUGAACUAGUGGACAGCCGAGAAGGGACGAUUUUGACCGCACAUGUGUUGGCCGAGUUGAAACGGAACGAUAGCGUUUUCAUUCAUACCCAAGGCGAAAACGUCAUCGGGAAUGAAGAUCGGCCUUUCAUUUUCUCCAUGUUUCUCCUAUAUCACAAAACGCUCGUCUCGUUUCCACGAGCUCGCCAGGCCGCGUUUUCUGUCACUGGGUCCGCCAACCUUUCGUUCGCCGAUUCGAUCAUUAAUGACCUGGGAGAUCCUACAGUGAACAUCGGAAAUGGGUUCGACGAGCAGACGGGUGUUUUCACUGCCCCCUUUGAAGGUCUCUACGUAUUCCACCUGGCGGUCACGUUCAUCCCUCUAGGCGGUGGAGGUGGGCGCGGUGUCGUCGCACUUCAAGUGAACGGAGAUACCAUAGCGCAGGUAACUGCCCGUGUUACAGUCGGUAUAGUGCAGUUUCGAUGGAUCCCUUUUGUGCCGGCACAGAACGGCGCUAUCACUAUCGCCUAUCCUCUGAAUCUGGGUGACGAGAUUUCUCUACGCAAUGUAAUUUCGAUAGAAUCUCUCGAAGGAAAAGUGAUGUUUGUUGGCUACCUUUUAGCAUAAUAUGCGUACAAGCUAAUAUUUUUAUUUUGGAUGAAAUAUAGUUGUGUCGUCCUAUUUUUUAUUUCGGCAGGCCUAUUUAUUAAUUUGUUAUCACUUUCCAAACACAAACGAUUUUCUUAGAUUGAAAUCCUCUAAGAACUAUUGGAAGUUGUCUUUAACCUGUUGUCAGGUUGAUUGACAAAGCCCCAAGCGUAUUUGUGAUAAUUCCUUAAUAUUAUGUCUAUGGUAAUGAUUAUGAAGGAUGUUAAAUAAAGACGCAUGUAUAAUUUUUGCGAUCAAUAAUACCUGUUACUAUUUAUAGGCCAAGUGUGUCUGGAUAUGAUUUUUAUCCGUCAUUUUUUAAAUAAUAAUAACGCAGUUCUUGUAUAGCGCAUAUCACGUUAUGUCAUAACGUCCUUAUGCGUUCCAAAGGACUUGGAUAUUUUAUAUCCAAUCACGACAUUUCUUUCAUAAAUGCUAAUAAAAAGCCAAUGACAGAGAGACUGCUUUAAGUAAUGGCAUUUUGAAAUUAAAAAAAUCUGCAAGAUUUUUUUUAAACAGCUAUAUGCAUAACACGAAUAAGGCAUAAGUGGGCUGAUGAAGUCAAGACCAAAUCUGUGUUUUGUUUUAUUUUACGUACUGCAUAUUAUUCCCUUUUUAUAUUUUUGUAUUUUAUAAUAUGAAAUUACUAUUGCUUCAUUCUGUCAUUCAUGUUUGAAAACACAUGUCUCUUUUAAUUUCGACGACACAUCAGCAAUGACCUGUGACAGUAAAUCAGCUGCAAAUCUUCUUUUUACUAAUCUUGGACAAGAUAAAAAUUGGAAUAAUCAUAAAUCCAAGUAAUAAAAUAUAAAGGAAUAAGUAAGGGUGAACACAUCAUCAGCCCACUAAAUGCAUAUUUAAGAGGACAAGCAUAGAUUAUUUUUUACCGAAAUAGUGCAGAAUAUUGAGAUGUAAUAAUUUUGUUAUUCCUCAUCCUACUUUUGAUGAAGCUUUCAUCAUUUUGUUUGUUUGACUUUACUCUAUCUGUUCAAAUCACCUAAUUUCAGCCUCGAGAAUCCUUUCAACGUAAAGCCAAUCGUGCCACACAUUGGCGUUAUAUUAAACCGCAACUGUUCAUCGACAUAAAAGACCUUUUUAAUAUAACGAGGAUCAUUAAAUUUUCGUUUAUACACUCUUUUUAUCAAUGAUAGUAUGAGUAUUAUCAUAAUUACUUUCGACAUCAUUAUUGAUCCGUAAGUUUAUUCAUUUUUAGUCAAUUGUGCACUUGUAUCUCAUAUUUUACAGGUAUCAAAUCAUAUUUUGAUUUCAUUAAAAAGAUGUUCCAAUAAGAACUUAAGAAGCCGAGUUUGGUCAUACA